GGACUCGGUGCAAGUAAUCCAGUACACCCUACACCAAUCAUUCUCCUGGGGUCCAUGCUUGAAUGACAGUCUGAAUACUCGCUUUCAAUGGCCAGUGCACUUCAAACCCAGAAGAUAAAUUAUCAACCGAGUAGUGCUUGGGUCGUGCUACCAAAAAAAUAACCUUGAACUUUUCACCGGUCACCUGUAAAUCAAUGGAGCGGCACACAGCUUUUGAACAAGUGGCCUGGUAUACAUAUCAGAGCAAAUCCCUCGUAUAACGUCACCAUCAUCAGACAUCUCAAUCAACUCGAUGGACUGAAAUAGUCGAGCAUUCAUUACAUCAACUUAUAGUCAUAGAACACUGAUUCGUUUACAGAGGCCCUCAGUGAACAAAUAGCAUCGUAGCCAGUCAGGGGUCUGCGGGAAGGUAUGACUCGGACGUGUCAAAUCACGGUAACUGUAGGGAAUAUUUUUAUUUUGCCCUUCACCCUCACAUCGCAUGAGUCACAAUCGGCCCAAGCAACGUGUAUUUCACUUCGGUUACUCCCCUACCGUUCAUUGCGCAUGGAAAUAUCCUACUCCAGUGUCAGCAAUGUCAGCUGUCAAUGGACGAAAGCAAUUGUCGCAAUACACCGAGACGUCAGCAUGAGCUUGAUGUACCUGUACCUGUGCUUGUGCCGCUAGCUGGGAUCAUGACGCGUUUUGAUUCAUCAGCGUAGCCUCGCAUAAACGUAUAGCCUGUAUCAACAGCAUUCCAGAUUUGAAGUCAAGUUUGAACAGGGUUUUAGCCUUAACCAGCACAUCGUGGAAUUGAGAAGCUCUCUACUGACGCUUUACUGUUUAGCACUUUAUCAUGGCAGGGGUGGACAGCGUGAUUUAUCGGGGGCUAAUGUAUCUCCCUGAAACAGUGCUGUCAAGCUAAGUUAUCACCCAUUCACCAUAAGUUAGUGUGCUAUCUCAUGAUGGCGUAGUUCUGUGAAUAUUUACCGACUAAUGGAAUACUUCUCCCUGGAAAAUGGAUAUUGUCAUGCUUUGUAUAUGGCUGACUUCGACUUGCAUUCUAAUCUCUGCUCGACUUCCAUGCACUUUUUUUCAUGCCCCACAAAUAUCACAGCAAAAUUCCGCGCGGUGCUCCAUCGGGCUAUCCAGACCGGCUUGCGGGAGGGAGCAGACAACAUCCAGAUCAACGAAGCCUUGCAGCUCCAAAUCGGCUGGAUGCACAUCCACGAUCCAACCCGACACGUACCAAGCCAUGCCCUCUUAUUAUUUAUCAGAUACCAGACAAAUUUCCAGCGGAAUAGACGUGUACAGCCUACCACCAAAAGGGUGGUACGGCCCGCUGCAAAGUCUUAGAUAAUAAAAUGCAUGCAAAAGUGGCAACAGUACUGACAUUCUGAGCAUGCUAUCCCUACAAACCAUAUAAGAAA